ACCAGCUGAAAAUGGCGGCUCGAAACGUCGGAUCGUCCUAACUUUAUCUCAUAAUAAUAAACAUAACAUUACACACAGAUGUUAUCACAUAACAUGGGGAGAAACUUUACAGAGAGACCUCGGGCGCUCUAGUUGGGAGACAUUACUUUGACCACUACGACUAGAAGGAGUUAAAACGCAGAGAGAGUAUGGAGGAUCCUCAUACACGGUACAGCAAACGCCUGCGUACAGGCACGCGGCGACGUUAUCAGGACGACGGAAUUUCAGAUGAUGAAAUCGAAGGGAAACGUAUGUUUGACCUGGAUGAAAAGUUGCAGUGCUUAAGAUUCAACUCUGACUUGAUCAAACUCAUGGAUGGUAAAGAUUUCACAUUUGAAUACAUCCAGAGAGAAGGGCUCAGGGAUCCCAUCGUUUUUGAGAAAGCUGAUGGCCUUGGCAUACAAAUGCCAGACUCAGAUUUCAGUGUGAGUGAUGUCAAGCUGUUUGUUGGUAGUAGACGCAUUGUGGACGUGAUGGAUGUGAACACCCAGAAGGGAAUUGAGAUGUCGAUGGCUCAGUGGCGGCGCUACUAUGAGACACCACCAUCAGAGAGAGAAAAGCUCUACAAUGUCAUCAGCCUGGAGUUCAGCCACACCAGACUGGAGAAUCUGGUCAAGCGUCCAGCUUCGGUGGACCUUAUUGACUGGGUGGACAAUAUGUGGCCUCGCCAUCUCAAGGAAAGACAAAGAGACUCAACUAAUGCCAUUAUUGACAUGCACUAUCCGAAAGUACAGAAGUACUGCCUCAUGAGUGUGCAGGGCUGCUUCACAGAUUUCCACAUCGACUUUGGAGGCACCUCAGUCUGGUACCACAUCUUGCGAGGAGGAAAGGUGUUCUGGUUGAUUCCGCCCACGCCACAGAACCUUGAGAUGUAUGAGAACUGGGUUUUAUCAGGAAAACAGGGGGACAUCUUCUUGGGGGACAAGUGUCACGACUGUCAGAGGAUAGAGCUGAAGCAGGGCAACACCUUCAUAAUCCCAUCAGGGUGGAUCCAUGCUGUGUACACUCCAGAGGACACAUUGGUGUUUGGGGGGAAUUUCCUCCACAGCUUCAACAUCCCCAUGCAGCUUAACAUCUACAGCAUUGAGGAUCGCACACGGGUGCCAGCAAAGUUUCGCUACCCCUUCUACUACGAGAUGUGCUGGUAUGUCCUGGAGAGAUACCUCUACUGUCUGACCAACAUCUCCCAUCUCACAGCUGAAUUCCAAAAAUACUCACUUGGCAUAGGGCUGACCCAGGCUGACAUGGAAUCCAUAGAUUACAUCAGAAACGGCACUUCAAAUGGGGUUGAUAGUGAUGCUGAAAAUGAAGAUCAGUUUGAGAUCAAGGUGAAGGAUGACUAUGAGGAAGAUGAGGAAAAGCCAGCUCAUGUUUACAAACCUCAGCACCCGCUGACUCCCUUUGAGCUUGAAGGCCUGUGGAACCUUUUAGGGAAGCUGGAGGAGCUGCCUGCCCACAAAAAGUGUGUCCCUGCAGGCAUCAGGAAUGCUGCAGGCCUGCUCAAAGACAUGAGGAUUGUUCUGCAGAAUCACAUCAGUGACAACCUGAAGCUGUCCUAUACUGGAGAGCCCAUUGUCAGGUGGCCAGAGAGGCCAUCAUGGUACCAGCCCCCCACUCCCCCUCCCCCAGUCAUUCACCGUCCUCGCUUGGGCCCCACCCUCCACAAGCCUCUAGGACAGAGACCCACCAAACGCUCCUCCAUCUCUGCUCUGAGGCGCAGACGGGUGAGGUGUAAGCGCUGUGCCGCCUGCCGCAGGAAGGAGUGUGGCACCUGCCAGUACUGCCACGACAUGAGGAAGUUUGGUGGACCUGGGCGCAUGAAGAAGAGCUGUGUCAUGAGACAGUGUCUAGCGCCUGCCUUGCCAAACACAGCCCGCUGUGCCAUAUGUGGAGAAGGGGAAUCAGAGGAAUCAGAUCCAAGCACUCACUCCCUCAUGGAGUGCUCUGUCUGCUCACAGAUAACCCAUCAUCAGUGCAUCAAGGAGCCUGGUGAGGGGAAGAUCAAUAAGGAUUUGCCAAGCUGCUGGGAAUGUCCCAAGUGUUACCAAGGCAAAGACUCAGAAUCAGAGUCUUCCAGUGAUGAUGAAAGUGAAGAGUCAGAGGGCUUCUCCUCCUUGCCACCAUCCAAACUUGCAUACCGAGAGGGCAUAGGUGUAGGAGAACGGUUGAGAAGAGGGAGACAUGGUCAACUUACUUCCAGACCCACAGCACCACCACCUUCUCAGAAACUGCUACUGCAGCAUCAACAGAACCGCAAGAGAGCUAGUGCACUGGAGCUCAGGCUUAAGAAAAAGAUAAAACUAGAGCGGAGCAAAUUAUUAACAAGGCAGGCAGCUUUAGAUCGUUCUCCAAGGCUGCUGAACUCCAGGAUGCUCUCUCGGCUACGUUCCCCAACCAGCAGACUAUCUCAGGGCAGAGGCCGGGGCACCACCUGGCCCAGUGUCUCCUCUUACCACAGCUCUCCUGGAGGGGCCAGGUCUAUCCAGCAGCAGCCACCUUCCCUUGGCCUCAUUCUUGAGCCCAAAGGAGAGCCUCGCAGAGGAAGAGGAAGAGGGGUAAGGCUGCGGGGAGGAGGAGCAGGGAGAGGAAUGAGAAGCGGUAGAAGCUAUGGAGAGCUGCAGGAAGAGAGUGAGGACAGCAGCAGCAGCAGCACUACCAGCAGCAGCAGUGAUGAUGAUGAGGAAGAGGAGAGGCGGCCGAAAAGUGUGAGAGGUUUGGAUAAAGAGAACCAGCCACAGUCAAGGAGAGGAGGACGAGCAGCCAAAGAAAGAGAGGAGGAUGGGAGCGAUACAGCUAACCAAAACGGUGCAGAGGAGGAGGAGGAGGAGGAGGAGAUGGAGCAGGACAGUCAAAGAGGGGGCAAAGAUUGCUCAAAUCUUAAAUUAACUCUUCAAAGGCCAUCCAGGGCUAAGCGGGAGCAAUCAGCUAUUGUCCCUAAAUUAGAAGCAAUCACUCCCCAAACCACCACUUCCACAAUACACAGCCAAACCAGAGCCCUUGCCAGACCCCCCAUCAGAAACCGCAGACUCUGUCCAGAUCAACACUCCAACAGACACACACCCCCACACACUCGCAGUGGACACACAGACACUCGUAGCUCCCACCCAGAGAGGCUGGACACCUCAAAAAGAACCAAGCUAAGCAGGCCGGCUAAACUGAGCAAUGGCGCCUCUUGUUCUUCAUCGUCUGAGCUUACUCAUCACCGUGUCCCUCUGUCCGCCCUGCAGGAGGGAGGAGGCGAGGCAGACAGGGAGGGUGGUGGGAGUGGGCCGGGCUGUGAGAGGGAGGUAUGGGUGUCUGUCUUCCGCUACUUAAGUCGGGCAGACCUCUGCGUCUGCAUGGCUGUCUGCAAAAACUGGUACAAAUGGUGUUUAGACAAGCGGCUUUGGUCACGGAUUGACCUGAGCAUCAAACGCACCAUCACUCCUCAGGCCCUUACAGGCAUCAUCAAGAGACAGCCAGUCACACUGGAUCUCUCCUGGACCAACAUCUCUAAAAAGCAGCUGAACUGGCUUGUUGGCCGUCUUCCUGGGCUGAAGGAUCUGAUGCUGGCAGGUUGUUCCUGGUUAUCUAUUUCAGCCCUCUGCUCCUCUUCCUGCCCUCUCCUCCGUUCUCUGGAUUUGCGGUAUGCGGACGGAAUCAAAGACGCUCAGAUCAGGGAUCUAGUCAGCCCUCCAGGCUGUGACAAUCGCAGUCAGUUGCGGACCAUGCAGUGUUUGCGACUAGCAGGUCUGGACAUCAGUGAUUCUACUGUGCGCCUCGUGAUCCGCCACAUGCCCCAUUUAACAAAACUGGACCUCUCCCACUGCAACAGCCUCACAGACCACUCCAUCAACCUGCUGACUGCAGUGGGCUCAUCCACUCGAAAUACUCUAACAGAACUCAACCUGGGAGGUUGCAGUAAACUGACAGACACAUGUCUAAAAUAUCUCCGGCGUCUCUCUUGCAUCUCACUGCUCGACCUGCGAGGCUGCAGAGGCGUUUCUCGUAAGGCCUGUGAGGCCUUCAUCUCUGAGCUGUCUGUCAACAUGCUCUACUGCCUGUCGGAUGAAAAACUGAUUCAGAGGAUAUCCUAGAUUAUUCUCUGACUGCAGAGGUGUGAAGGAAAGAGAGUGGAUCCUGUGUGGCAAAAAGGAAACAGAUGGGCAGGAAGGUUCAUGUGAACCUCUAUCACGUACAAGGAAGUGUAUCAUGGGCUCACUUAAGUGGUGCUGGUGUAAGGGUUAUCACAGUUGGACCAGCAUUAAGAUACAUUUUCCCUGUGUACCUAUAAAGAGACUCAGGAGCUUCCUUUUUUCUGUUCUUUAGGGAUUACUGCUGUGUGGAGAAGCAAAACUUUUGUUACCAGAAGUGAGAGAACAUGGGCAAUUUAUCAGCUUCACAUGUUUUUGUUAACCACAAUGAUCUUGUUCUCAUUGAGACAGAUGCCCAUCAUAACUCCAUAAUAAUCUCCAGCCUCGACAACAAGAUAGACAGCUGUGCCCCAUAAAGUCUUAUUUAUUAUCAGCUGACUUAUUCAGUUCAGCUAAAAAUGGCUGCUCCAAAUUGAUGAUUAUUUUUGUCAGAUUCAAGAGAGCAAAGGUUACAUUGUUUGAUGCUGUAUGCACAUUUUUGUUUUUCAUAGAAAACUAAAGGUGACAGGCCUUUGUCAUCACACCUUAAAAAUGAGUGGCUGGAGAGUUUUGUCAGCAUAAGGCUGUGAGUGUUAUAGCAGUCCAGUGAUGUACUUGAGUGAACGCAAAUACUAAGUUGAAGAGACUGGUUUAAGAGGGUUGAAAGACAGUGUGAAAAAGCAAUCAAAGUGACAACAAGAUCUCGCCCCACUGGAGGGCAGGUUGCAUUAAGUGUGCGAGGUAAGCCAAGGAUCUGGUGUCGGAUAAAUGGUGCAUCUUCAAACAACUGUUAGACUUCAGGUGCUAUUAUUUUCAAACUCUUUUGCUUUGUUUUUGUACAGAGAAUACAUUUAGAGCAACGUGUUAAUAUUCUAGAUAAAACUGCUCCCUAAGCCUCUUUGAUACACUUUGGUUUUCUUUUCAUGGAGGAGAAAGUGUGAGUACUUUUCACUGACUUUCAUGACCAGUAUGAUUCAGUGUAGAAAUGUAUAAAUUUGUUUUGAGGUUAGGGGGUUUCUCAUUUCUUUGUUCCCUUAAAGUGUACUGGUUCUGCAUCAAAGAUCUCCUCCAUACAGGGUCUCCUGGACAUACCCCUUCAAAUGAAUAUAAGUAUAUGAAUAUACUUUUGUGUAAAUGUUUUUCCUUUUUUCGAGUAUCAAAACGGGAAUCCUGUAGCAUUGUAAUUAUUUUCAAAAGCCUUUUUCACUUUAUGUUAUUUGUGUUAUUUUUCAAGAAAAAAUAAAAAAAUGAUAACGAC